AUGAACGUUUCGGUAUUUCAAGACGCACAUUUAUGGCGUGUCGGUGUUUUAACACAAUCAGAGGAUAUAAAUAUAUUUGUUGCAAAUGCUCUUCGAUUUGUUAUACAAAAUGUAUUUGCCAAUAUUACAAAUGAUUUUAUGUUUACACUAUCAUCCGCCGGAGGUCCAGUCGAAUAUUGGUUAAAUGAUAUAAUGAUCAAAUUAUUUGCCACUUGGGGUUUCAUGUCAGUGCAGCUGGUAGUUUUAGACAAUAAAACUAAACUAAUGGGGAGGCCAAGAAAACGUUAUUGCAAUAUGAUUAUGAUAGAUUCAUUUAAAAGUCUUGAGAAGACCAAUAUAGCGGAAUACAAUCAAAAUUCUGAUAGUUUGGAAUAUUAUUUUAUUUUUCUGCAGAUACGCGAUAGUUUACAGGAGAUAGAAAUGGUUAAGAUUUUCAAUUAUUGUUUUGAUAACUAUUGGAUACAUUGCAACAUAAUGGUGCAAACAGCAAAAGGUGAUGUAUUAGUUUACACUUACUUUCCUUUUAAGGAAAACCAUUGCUUACAAACUCAACCGGAAGUGGUGAAUAAAUUUAUGGGAGAUCGCUUUGAAAACGACAUAAUGUUUCCAGAUAAGUUAAGGAACUUGAAUAAAUGUUCUCUAAAAUUAACCACUUGGGAUAUACCGCCAUUUGUUAUAAAUCAUACGGACUAUUUUAAACCGGAACAUGAGAUAUCUGGUUUUGAAGUAACUAUAAUGCUUGUCGUAAGUGAUAAAAUGAAUUUUACUUUGGAUGUUGAUAUGAUUUCAAUUGAUGCGUACAAGAAAAAUCAAACUCCAGCAAUUAUUCCCAUGACAAUGCUUAAAAAUCGUGAAACCAAUAUAACCAUGGGCUAUUUUCGACGUACCGCAUUAAGAGACAAAAUAGCUACUCCCAGCUAUGUCACCUAUUACCUGACAUUUGUAGCUGUAAUGCUGCGUAAACAGACACAGUUCCAGAACGUAGGCAUGUUAACAUUUCCAUUUGAUAAAACCACUUGGACUUUAAUAAUAGUGAUUUAUGUGUUAAUUGUUGUGAUGAAUUCGUUUAAUGUAAAAAAUCGCAUAGUGGAGAAUUUUCAGAUACAUCAGGUCUUUAUUGGAAUGCCCAUAAAAAAUGUUCCCAAAAUUACUUCGAAAAGAUUACGCCUUUCGGUCAUGCUCAUAACUUCUUUCAUCUUGCGAUCCGUGUAUCAGUCGUUGCUUUUCCAUCUGCUACGUACCCACUUCUAUGAGGAGCCUCCACAAACACUGGAUGGUCUGGUGGCAAAUGGCUACAAGGCUAUUUGUUCUGAAAUGUCGCUGAAUUUCGUCGUAAAUGUGCCACAAAUUGAAGACCACUCACUGCCCUUAUUCGUGGUAUAUAGUUCAAAUGAAAUGUAUCCAUUGUAUUAUAUGGAACAUAAUAGUGACCAAAAUUUCGUAGCCAUAUCCAUUCUUGAAUUCACCCUUUUUUAUGCGAUCGGUUUAUUGUCCACGGACAAUGCCUUAGUCAUUUUAUCCGUCAGUGUUAAUGAACAACAAAUUGGUUUCUAUUUCGUUAAACAUUCUUAUUUGGUUGAUCGUUUUAAUUAUUAUAUUUUAUAUUUUCAACAAGCUGGUCUCUUGCAGAAAUGGAAAGAAUGGUCGACUAUGGAAUAUCUAGUCACUCAACAAAGUGGUGACUCAACCUCAUAUGAAAAUGUUUUAAUGGUCAAUUUGAAACAACUGUUUGGCAUUUUCUUUGUGAUGGCUAUCUUGCACUCGUUGUCAAUUGUGGUGUUUGGAUUAGAAUUAUUAUCGAAGAAAUUUAAGUGGUUGCAGAAAUUUUUUUGA